GCAGUGAUUUUUCUGAAAUAGGCUAAAUAUAAGGACUCUCUCUGCAAUUACAACAGAUCCCAGUUAAUGAAUGGGCUCAUUAGGCGACUGCCCAGGGGCGUAAAAUUCGGUUUUUUAGUGAAAAGUAAAAAAGUAAAAAGUUUUUCAGUAUUUUACAAAGAACUGGGAUUAGAAUAGAGCAUUGAAAUAAAUCAAAGAUAAAGAAUAUUAUGUAAAAUAAACUAAAAGUUAUUCCUGUACAAUCAAAAUUUAUCACUGAUAGCCCCAGAACAGGUUGUUUGGGGCGUAAAUCACAAUGUAGACUGGGCCUUGAAUUUGAUUAUUGUUUAUUUAUUUCAUUCAUUUGCACGAGCACAAAAUCAAAUAAAUGAUUGGGAGGGAAUCAAAAUUUACAGUGUUACUUAACCAUAGUGAUAAACUAUCUCUUUCGUAGUGAAAUUCUUGUCAUUUUUAAUUGAAUUGCUGCGCUGUCCUAUUGUUUACAUUGAUUAUUUGGAGAGACGUUUGAUUUGAAGCCAUUAUCUGGUAAACACGGAUAAUGUUUUAUUGUAGCCUUCGACCUGAGCUGUGUGUCAUUCUUUGAUUACUCUCACAGAGCAAUUUGUAUACGCUGUGUGUGUGAGAAUGAUAGGACAUCACCAUAAUUUGUUCUAUUUCCUGGUUUUUCUGUGCCCAGUUUCAUUUGGAGAAGGGGUUUCUCCGUACACCACCGUGAAACCUCGUGUUAGAUGUCAGCUGCUGAGGACUUCAAUUGACGAACUGCUGAGUCACACAUCCGAAUCGAUAAGGAAUAAUGGUUUGGACGCCAUACAUGUCAACAACCUCACAAAAACCAUUGAGCGACUUCGCAGUGGGACAGCCGAGGUGCACGGUUCGGAAGGCACCCUCACCGAUCUGAGCACGAUGCGUCUGCAAGGCGAACCCCGUUUCACCACCAACACCACUGUAGGAUUUCAUUUGACUAUCGAUAAACUGAGAAUUGUGUACAACAACUACGACCAGCAAUUUGAUGGAGUCCGACAGGUGGGGAGAAUGACCAUCAAAGUGAAGGUUAAUGCUUUAUAUAUUGAAAUCAAAUCAUACAACAAAUCCAAGGGAUGUGGAGAUGAAGUGUUAAAUGUUUAUCCAAAGAGAUUUGCGCGAGUGAUUUUCGAAUACGAGGAUAAAAAUGCUAUAUCUUUCUCGAUGAUGGGCUCUAGAGACUGGCCGUGGAUUAAACCGACCGACGUCCAAGAAGUCAUUUUCCCUCUAGUCAACGACGUUGUCAAGAAAUCAAUUAAUUCUGCUCUGAAGCGCUACAAGUUUUGUGAACAUAGACCCACUUCAAUUUGUACGUAGUGAGUUGUCAGUUACACUACCACAACAAUAUCAUUCUUACACACAGUAUCUGAACAAUGUCAAUCAAUCAAUAAAAAAGUUAAUAAUAAAAAAACGAAUAUAUUGCACGAAGAGAGUUAUGAAAACUUCAAAUAAAUAUUGGAAAUAUUUAA